AUAUAGUGUUUACUUAUCGACCAAUGGCUGAAAUCACCACCAUCAUGCGCCGUUCCCGGUAUCAUAUAAAUUUGACGGUUUGUGGAUUUUACUGAUAUUUCAAUCGACGCAUUUCCAGUAAUUGGGACUGCUGCGGAACUACUGUGGACAUCGACUAAUCAGAUUCAAAGAUGAUACAAUCUCUCAGAAGCACGGGAGUAGCAUGGUGCGCCUUAGCUCAGCUCGUCUUUGUUCUAGCUGGACCACCAACCCCACACAUCGUCUUCGUAAUGGUAGAUGAUCUCGGAUACAAUGAUGUUGGUUACCAUAGUGACGGGUCGAAGAUUGUGACCGGUAACAUCGAUGCCCUGGCAGCCGAAGGACGGAAGCUUGAGAGUUAUUACGUCGCUCCGUUGUGCACCCCAUCACGAAGUCAGUUUCUUACUGGGAAAUAUCUGAUUCAUAAUGGGAUGCAGCACCUUGUCAUUGACCCAAGGGUGCCCCGAUGCCUUCCUCUUGAUGACGUCACAAUGGCUAACAAACUCAGCGAUGCAGGAUAUGCAAGCCAUCUCGUGGGGAAAUGGCAUCUUGGUCUCUACAAGACGGACUGCUGGCCACUCAACAGGGGCUUUCAAUCAUUCUUUGGUUUGCUACUUGGCAGCGGUGAUCAUUUCUCUCAUAACUACACCGAUGUCGGAAGUGGGAAUGGCAGGUGUGGUUACGACUUCACUGGCAUGGAUCUCCGCGACAAUGAGACCAAUGUCCAGCCCGACUACGAGGGUCAACAUUCGACUACGAUCUUUACCGAAAGAGCACAAUCAAUCAUAAGAGACCACGACCCAGACCAACCGCUCUUCAUGUACCUGGCUUACCAAGCACCUCAUCUCCCGUUUGAAGUUCCUGAUGAAUACUUUGAGGCUUACCGUGGCGAUAUUACAAACAAAAACCGACGCACCUAUGCAGGGAUGGUGACCAUGUUAGAUGAAGCCAUCGGGAACCUAACCGAUACCUUGAAAGAAGAAGGGCUUUGGAAUGACACCGUCCUCGUUUUCUCGACUGAUAAUGGUGGCGUUGGCAAGCGCAAUGCUGGGAACAACUGGCCUCUACGCGGUGUCAAGGGUACCUACUUCGAAGGCGGGAUCAGAGGUGUAGGUUUCGUCACCAGUCCAUUGCUGUCGGAUGAGGUCAAGGGCACGAUUAGUACAGAUCUGAUUCAUGUAACCGACUGGUUCCCGACCUUAGUGGAAGGCAUUGCCAAUGUGGCUCUGAACUACACUGACUUAGGAAUCGAUGGAGUUAACAUGUGGGAUGUUAUUAGUCAGGGAGAGUCCGGUGACCCUGACCGCAUGAUAGUCUUCAAUAUAGACCCGGAGUUGCUACAACCUACCAUCUUAGCUUCAGAGAGCCACUUUACCAGCCAUUUCGAUAUAUCCUACCAGGCAUCGAUAAGAAAAGGAGACAUGAAGCUCAUAACUGGUAAACAAGAGGAUGGGGAUUGGCUAGCACCCGUCGAGUCAACGUACAGUGACGUCGUCUCAACAGAGAGCCAACACAAAGCCAUCUGGUUGUACAACAUCACAGCCGAUCCCACGGAGCAAAACGACCUCUCUGCCACCAUGGUUGACGUUGCACACGAACUCCUUGAGCGUCUCCAAGAGUACUACACAAGUUCUAGGUUUGUAAGUCCAAACACUCCCCGCGUGGAUUGCGACGCCGACCCUGCUACCCAUGGAGAUCUCUGGACUAACUGGGAAUAGGAUCUGAGUGGAUCUCUGGGCCCCGUAACAUAGAGCUUAGCGAUUGAUCGAGUUGCUGAUUUUUAUGAUCGAUCAUGCACAAUACUCAAUGAAAUCAACGAUUGAUUGAAUUGAGAAUUGUGCAUGAUCAAUCGUAAAACUGAGCAAUUGAUCAAGGGGGUUGAUUUUUACGAUUGAUCAUGCACAAUACUCAAUGCAAUCAAUCAUAGAAUCAGCCCCAAGACCAAUCACUAAGCUCUUUGUUAUGGGAGCCUGGAGUAAAUAAGAACUUCUUUGUGAAACCUGUUCCAGCCACAUUGCUAGUCCUGAACAUCUGCAAAUGCAUGCAAUAAUAGUUAAUCAAAAAUUAAUAUAUCUUACUGUUUCUUUGAGGUUUUUUUUUCUGAGAUGUAGUAGAGAUUGGUUGCUUUGCCCCCCCCCCCCUAGAUCUUUACUGUUCAUAUAUAAUAUCUAUUUUACAAAAAAAAUAAUAUACUAGUAGAAAAUUUAUAAAUCACAUAAUACACAUUGUUUCCAAGUGGUUUUAUUGUAGGGGCCAUUCCAAAAGAGAACAUUAUCUUUAUUAGGGGAGCUUUAACAUUGAUAUAGCACUAUAAUGAAAAUAAGAGAUUUUAAUGUAGAAGGAAAUAAUUUCAGUUCAGUCAUUUUAACAGUUAAAAUGCAUGUGUGCUAAGGAUUCAAUGUGUGAGGUAAAGAAACCAAAUUGAUUUUAAAUGAGUUUGUGCAACAUAAUGUAAAUCAUAAAAAACAAAGAUGACUGUUUGUUGGAGAAAUAUGUUUUGAAAUGCAUUUAACUGGAAUUGAAUUGAAUAAGUUUGGUGGGAUUUGCAUUACCAUACAAGAGUAGAAAUUAGUGCAUAUUAAACUGUACAAGUAGGACAUGUUUAUUCUUCUAAGCACAGGUAUUUAGAUUUAUCCUGUUUAUAUUAACCUACUUUUCUUCCGUCUGGUGUAUCAAUGUGGUAUGAAUCAGUCCUUAAUCUGUCAUUUGAUUACAUGAACAAAGAUGGGUUCUUUCAAAAUAUCAAUAAACUGGAUUCAAAUCAUGAGCAUAUUAAA